CACCCUCGCUGAUCGCUCUCGUUUGCGGAAACCCGUCCGUCGAUUACUCAGCUACUAUCGCCGUAUGUCGCAGCUUCUCUUGCUAUCUCGCUGUUAAGCGUUUUGCACCACCGCCAACCGCGGGCGGACUCAGGCGGACUCGUACACGCGUCUUCGUAUCGGGCUCAGGGUCGCGGCCUCGUCCCACCUCGCCUCGCCUAGCCUAGCCUCGCCUUGCCGCGCCGCGCCUCGUCUCACCACGCGUCAGUCAACAGCAGCCGCGGCGUGCGUAAUUUCUAUUCGCCGCGUCGUCGCCGCCGUUGCGCGGAUUGCGCCUAGUCGCUCCUCGCGAUACGCCUUCGAGACGCACGAGCCAACCGUGGGUCAUAAUGUCAGCGGCAGUGCGGACCGCGGCGCGCCGCUACAACGAUACCGUACGCAUUCGAUGAAAUCCGCUCCGCAGGCAGGGGAUGACGGAUGACAGGAAUCGAAAUAGAUCACAAUAAUACGGCACAAGUAUUAAGUGAAAUAAAUGCAAAGUUACGACCGUUAUGCAUGACCAUAAAAUGCAUAAAUUGCGAAGUUACCGGAGAGUUAUAUUGGAUUUUCGCGAGCACAGUGCAAGACAAAACUGCUAGCUUUGUUUCGCAUUUCUCACAAGCAGAAUUAGCUCUCUUGCGAAAUGUAUAUUCUGAAAUUGUUACUUCUACCGAUAGCUGUGUAUCAAGUACAUUUUGCCUUAAUUUAUGUUCAUCACUAAAUGUAAGACUGACUAAAUCUGAUGCCGAACAAUUUCUAUUCAAAAUGGUCAAUAGACAAUGGUUAUGCUGUAAGGAUGGUAAAUAUUAUAUGGGAGUAAGAAGCAUAGCAGAAUUAUUGCAAUAUUUUAAAGAUACUUAUGAGGAGAAUCUUCAAAUUUGUGCUUUAUGCAAGCAGGAACUUUUUUAUGGUGACAAAUGUAACAAAUGUGAUGCUAUUAUACAUGUUUAUUGUCUGAAGAAUUAUGCAAAAAAUCAAAAUGGUUUAGGAUGUCCUAAUUGUCAAUUUUCUACACCGAGGCAGAAUCUUUCUAGUAGUAACACUAGUGCCAUGGAUAUUGAAGAUACAUCACAGAUGAGUAUGGAAAUACAUGAGAUGGCACAGUCUAGUCAAACCAAAAAGUUGAAACGAAAACAUAAGAAUGGACUGAUGUAAGAUGCUUUGUUUAAUUGGUUACACGGACUGUUUGGGAGAGAUAAAUGCUGCAAACCACAGAUUUAUACAUUUA